GAGGUUAUAUUUUACGAAUAAUUACGUUCGGGCUAAACAAGUUGAUUGUUUGGAUCUGUUAUCGAUUAUUGUCGUAAGACAUUUGUUAAAUUUGUCCGAGUUUUCCUGUAUUAUUUUUGUUUGUCAAAAUAUCUGAGAGAAACAUAUAUUUUCUUUGUACACGAUAUAUUAAAUAAAGUAUCGUCUAAAAAAUUCGUUACAAAUUAUAGAUAAAUAAAAAAUCAACAAAAUGGCUGCUGUAGCUAAUAAACCAAAAUCAGAAAUGACUCCAGAGGAGCUAGCAAAACGUGAAGAAGAAGAAUUUACUACUGGUCCUAUGUCUGUAUUGACUCAAUCAGUGCGAAAUAAUACUCAAGUAUUGAUUAAUUGUCGAAAUAACAGAAAACUAUUAGGAAGAAUUAAAGCUUUUGACCGUCACUGUAAUAUGGUACUAGAAAAUGUCCGUGAAUUAUGGACUGAAUUACCAAAGACUGGGAAAGGCAAAAAAAAGGCAAAGGCUGUUAGCCGUGACAAGUAUAUUUCAAAGAUGUUUUUAAGAGGAGAUUCAGUUAUACUAGUAGUCAAAAAUCCAAAAGAAUCAGUACGCCCUCAACCUCCUGUUUAAUAUAAUAAUUAUUAUAUUACAAGUGUUAUUAAUUUAAUAUGUUUUAAAAAUAAAUCUUACUUGCAAAACAUUGCAAUCCUUACAACAAAAUUUUUACUGAUACUCACGACAAACUAGUAAUACAAUUGAUGACAUUUACUUUUAUAAAAAUAUUUACUACUGCAUAAAUAAUAAAAUUCAAUAUGUUUCUAUAAACUUUUUAAAAAAAAGGAUCUCUGUAAUUUUUAUAAUAGUUUUAAAAAUAAAUUAAAAAAUAGUGUAAGUAAAACAAAUUGUGUAUUUUAUUAUUGAUAUUCUUAAAAUUAAAAUAGAAACAACCAUUUUGUUUUUAUUGUGUAAAAUAAUGUGCAAAUUAUUUAAAUGUAGUUGAUUUGUGGCAAUGUUUUUAUAUAUAACAAAUAGUGCAUUUUAACUGUACAUUCUGUUUCUAAUGAAUCCUCAUGAAAAAAAAUUAUACAUUUGUUAUUUUUAUGUUUUUUUUUUUUUUAAAGAAUAACUAAAUUUUAUUUUUUCUUAUUGUAUUAAAUAAUUUAUAUUUUAAAUGGGUAAAUAUAGGUACAUGUUAUUAGAAGCACUAUGAACUUUAUUGUUCUAUGAAAAAUGAGACUUAUUUAGUUUACAAUAUAAAUUUUUGAUUAGU